AAUAGAUCCUCGUUACAAUUUUGUCAUAAUUCUCUAAAUUCCAAUACUCGUGUAAAUGAGCACUCUGAAUUGGAGCGUAAACCUAUAAACUCUAUUAUAGGACAAAUGACUGUGAUUACUUAUUACUAUAUUCAUUGUAUAUUAAGAUUAUCAAUAAUCUUGGGAUUGAUUGGUUAGAUAUAAUAAAAAAUAAGAUUAUUAAUAUCAGUCUAUCUAGCAUUACGCUUUAUAGUAAGUCCAAAUAUUUAAAGAAAAUAUGGCUUUCUUUCAACUGGUUCUCAAAGCUAGAAGAUUAAAUAAUGCCAAAGUGAGGUAUAUGAAUGAGAAAUUAAAUUCAAUAGAAGUGUCAAGAGGAGCUAAACCACGACACACCUUGGGUCAAAAAUUACGUCAUAGAAAGAUAUUAUUAAAGAGGAAGAUAAAGAAAUGGCUAGACAAGACGCUGUCUUUCCCGGAAACCUCAUGGUUCCACAAGAAGUCCGUACUCGUACGAACGGAUGGAACUUUUGAAAAUUUCAUUCUAAAGAGUAUCCUAGGAUUUCUAGGUGGUAUCUUCCUGACGUACAUCUUCUUCAUGUUCUUCGUUUUCCAAUUAAACUUCACCUUAUCCUCGGCCACUAUGCUGUGCUCUUUUUUUGGAAUAAUACUGACCAUCGGACUCGCAUUUUCACACCGAGUUAGGUGCGUGGUAUUCUUGUUGUUGCCACAAUUUUUCUCAAAACGAGGACGGCAAGCCUUGAUGGCUUAUGCCUUCAUUUUAGCCUUGACGGGACCUGCGAAAAAUACCUUACAUAAUACUGGUGUGCUGUCCGAGUCACUAGCAUGUGGUCAAGAACACCUCAAGGAUGCAGUAAAGGCAAUAGUUGACCUAAUAAAACAGCCUUUCUAUGCAUUACGCGAUGCCAUUUCUAAGGUUAUCAAAACAAUAAAGGUUGUCGUGAAGAAGAUAAAAGAGUCUCUUCUUGCAAUCAAAAGAAUUGUUCUUAGUAUCCUUCGAAUUAUUAAGGCUGUCUUCCAAUGGCUCGGAAGUAUCGUUAACAUUUGCAACAAGAAAUUGGGCACUCCUUUCGAAAGGUGCCAGAAGGUUUUCGACGGUGCUGUCGCAGAUUGCCAGGCCAAUUUGGGCCCUUUAUUCGGUGGUAUAUGCAACCUGACAUAUAUCGUCAGUGUAGUAUGUUACGUUGUGAAGCCCCUAGAUUUCAUUUGCAUGUUGGUUUCCUUUAUAGCCGAUACUAUUGUCGGCACUGUAAGAAAAAAGAUGAAGAAAUUUAUGAAACACAUGAAAGCAAUGUUUUACGUUAAAGUGAAGUUUUCUCAUUCCUUUCAUUUCGAAAGUAAUCAAAGCAAAAGUCUCAACGAUGUUACGACAGGAAUAGUAACGGAAAUAAGAUCACGAACUGAUAAAUUUCUCACAGUUUUUGACUGGAUGAGUUUGGCCACGAGUUUCUUUAUAUUAUUCCUGUUACUCAAAGUAAUUCAUUAUAGAUACAAGUGGUUAACUAACGAACGCUUUGACAAUCGUUAUCUGAGUAAUGAUCUGCGAGAGAUUGAUCUAAAGAGAGCACGUAUGGAUAAAGAGACUGUGCUGCCCUUAAAUCCAAGAGAAAAAAACAAGUAUAUUCCGCUGACGUCGAUCGUGCUAAUUAAAAAUGAAAAGACUAAGUUAACAAAAUCGGCAGUCUUUUUGUGUUUAACUACGUUCAAGCUUUGUAUUCACAUGAUGGCCGAUUACAGUCUAUAUUGGGUAUUGAGUACAAUUCGAUAUCAUGGGAGAUUCCAAUCAAAAGUUCAAGCACCAAAUUCGGUUGGCGUUUACGUUGCCGGAAAUGGAUAUCUGGCUGAAUUAUAUAGAAGCAUCGUACGUGCAUUUACGCCGAUGGGGGAAGAGAUGCAGAUAGAUACAAUGCCAUGUCUUCCAGAUCCGGUACCACCAGAUUUGGAUAGAUAUACUCAGAUAGUAUCAUUGAUAUUGCUCUGUUGGAUAAUGGCGAUUUUUGAACCAUAUGGUCUCAGACUUAGACACGUUGUUAUGUGCUAUUAUCAUCCGGAAAGGGCGAGGCAACGAGCUGCAUGGUUGUAUAAUCAUAUUAUUAGGUCGAGGGGCAGUUUUUUAAAGUUUGCCAGAAGACAGCUACGUCGGAAAUAUGGUAUGGCGGACAACGCCGGAAUUGAAAAGAUUACAUUGAGAGAUCGACUAGCUGCCAAGUGUCCAAUUAUUAACAAAUUAUGUCCUAAGGAAGAAAAUUUAUGUCUUUUGUGCGGAGCAGUACAGAGAGACAAUCAAAUUCCUCAUAUAAAGUGUCCCACGCCUGGUUGCGUAGGUCUGUUUUGUGUACAGUGUUUCUCCGAUUUGCAAAAUUUAUGCACUAUCUGUAUGUCUCCCUUGGAUUACGGAGAUCUAUCGGACAUGAGUGAAGAAAAGUAUAUUUUAAAAAAAUAUUUUGAUAACAGAGACUCUUCUGCGGACGAAGCGUUACUUGAACGAAGCAGACAACUGCGAGAAAAAAUGGAUAAAUAUCGUGCAGAAAAGAAGUAUGAAGAUGAGGAUGAGAAUAAAACGGAAGUGACUGAAGAGGAGCAGGGAUUAAAAACAGAAGAAGAGGAAGAAACAGAAGUGAAGGACAAACAGAAUGAAGAGGAAGACAAGAAGACAAUAAAAGAUGAAGGGGAUAUAAUUUCAAAACCUAAGAGCGAAUAUAUUGAGCGAGAAAAUCUUGAAAUGUCAACAGAUAGAGAAACUAUAGACGAAAGUAUAAGAGAGGAUGAUCAUAAAAGUGAAGAGCCAAAGUUGAUAAGAGAUUCAAAAGGUCCAGAUUCGAGCAGUUCUUCUAAUUACAGUUACAGUAUGUAUACAUCAAUGUCAAAUUUGACUAUUGUAACACACUUUCAAUAUAUAAACAAUGAACAUUUCGAAUUAGGUUAUCAGGACGAAUCGCCCGAUGAGGUUGAAUUCAUUCAUGAACGAAUUCCCUUCCGGGACGUGGAGACACAGAAGAUAAGAGAUGACGUCACGACCCAAGUUUUCAAUGAACCGUUGAUUAUUGAUGAAAAUUCCACUACCGACGAUGAAAGCUGUGGGCUACUAGUGAAAGCGACUAGAAAACUGAGAUCAAGAAAAUGCAAAAUUUCAACUUCAUCGACUCCUGAUGAUCGCUCUACAUCAUCAACAUCAAUAGCAGAUACAGAGUCAUUGUCUACAGAAGAAAUCGAAGAAGAAGAAGUGAUACAAAUAGAAGUAGUAGAUGAUACGGAUGAGCAUGAAUUGUUGACGAAGAGUGAAGUGAAUAAAAAAAGAAAUCGUAUUAAAAAAGUCAUUGCAGCACUUUCCCAAAUUUCUUGGAUUGGAAAACGUGCAAGUGAAGAUACGAAUAUAAAAUGUGAGUCACCUGAAAAAAAGUCGACAUUGAUGAACAAAAUUGUCCACAUGCUGCAAGCAAAAUAUCCAAACGUGCCGGUACAAAGUUAUAAGCGUGUCAGAAGGUUGAAAAAAAAUCUGUCAGUGGCUGCGUCACAUUCAUCGACAUUGACUUCAAGUUCCUCGCUAUCGUCUUGUGUUGACGAGUACAACGAGAAAAAAGGUUUAUUAAAUAAAAAUAAAAUCGAAACUUCUGAGUAUGUAGCGCAAUUAAGAAGAAAGAAAGCAAGAGAAAUUAGCCAUCUGGAAAAUUCUGAUAAGGAUUAUCUUUACUUGAAAAGUGACAAGUCCCACCAGCAAUAUGGAUUAUCAUCAAGAUGGAGUCCUAAACGUUAUACGGAAGAGAGUUGCAAAUAUCCUCAUGAGAAAAAUUAUAUUAUUAGAAAAAUGCCAAGGUAUUACUUCAAUUGCUACUUGAAGCCAGUCGCCAAAGAGACAUUUUAUGCUGAAAUUAACGAAAAAGAACUUCCAUCCUCUCCGACUAAAGGCAUACAAACUGAAAAUUUGAAUAAAUUGACUGAUGCUAAAACUUCUACUUCGGAUAUUCGAGCUUUUCAGAGUACCUGGAAUAUUAUUGACAUUCUUGAACAACCCGAUAUGCAAUCGAGUUCCAUGCCGAUCACCGAUGAAAAGAAUACGGACAAGAAGGCGUAUUCGGUGAAUAUGAGUAUUAUAGAAGAAGCUACUGAUGAGACUUCAAGGGACGAAAAGACACAAAGUGAAGAUAUAGCAUCUCCUGCAGAAACCGAUGAGUACAUUGAUGUUACUGGCUCCACUAGUCCAGCUUCCCAUUCUAAAGUAAAUUCUCGUGGCAGAAAAAGAAAAAUUUGUUGUAAGAAAUGUUCUAAAAAACCACGUGCAUCUUCACAAAGCACUGCUGAAGAAUAUAUUGAAGAUACUGGCGGGGAUAUUAAAAGUACUUCCAAAAAAUCUAAGAUUACCAUUCAGGAAGAGAUGGAAUCGGCAAAUUGGAGUUCGCAGAAGGAACAACAAUGGAGCUUGUCAAAUAGUAACUUAUCGUGUAAUAAGUUAAAGCCAGAAAAUACAACGAUGGUAUGUGAAACUGAUUUAAGAAUAAAAGAAAAUGAACAAAGUAAGAUUAUAAAAUCGACACUUUACGAUUUGUCGGAUGAGUUAAAAAGACCAAGUUUUAAAGAGCAAAGUGAAGCAGUUAGAAUAUCAACAUCGGACGAAAGAGAUGAAGAAGAAAAUAUGAGAAAAAAGCAAGAAGUUCAGAAGUCAUUAGAAAAUAGAAGAUUUUCAAACACUCCUGAAGAUGUAACACAAAAAACAGUUCAUCAAAAUAAAGACAACGUACAAACAUUACAAAUAGAUAAUAAUAAAUUGGCAUUAAAAGUGGAUAAAGCUACUGACGCACCAGAUAAGACAGAAGCAACUCAAACAAACUUCCAGAAAUAUAAUCAGAGCAUUGACACAGACGACAGUGAAAACUCUUCAACCGAAAUACCAAUUACUUCACGUGUACAACGUAAUAUCCGAAAGUACAAUAAAACCCAAAAACAUAAAAAGUAUGUCAAGAAAAAAGCACACCAUACAGAUUCAUACGAUGAAUAUUACAGCGAACCUGAAAGCUGUUUUUAUAAAGUGCAGUAUAAACACUCUCACAGAUCAACAUUAACCGACGAAGAAACUUCACCGCAAAGAAAAAGAAGAAAACAAAAUGAAAAGCAGUGUGCAAAUAAAUGGACAAAAAAGUAUAAGAGAAAUCGUCAUAGAGAAAGAGCUUUAAGAGACAAGCAUGUGAAACAUAUAAGAUAUAAAAAUGAAGAAAAUUAUUAUCCUGCACAAAUACAUAAAGACUUUGUACCUGAAUUUAAGCCUAUGACUUAUCACGGUUCUGGUGAUAAUCCGCCAUGUUAUGAUUUGCGACAAGGUGCUGAUUACGAAGCAGCGAGAAAUUAUGAUUACUUGCGUCACAGGUAUAAUCCAAGCAGGGAUAACGCAUAUGAAAACAUCUUGGGAAAUAUGAAUGAUUAUCCCAAUCCAUAUGAUUAUUAUAAUCGGAAUCACCAUCCUGGAGAACAUGAUUCUCCUCGUUAUCAUCUAAGAGAGGAAUUUCGUGCUCCUAUGUAUAUUCCAAUGCGACUAAAUACAAUUGUACCUGAAUCUGGACGUAUCAGACAUUCGCGACGUUAUCCAAGUCCAAGAGACUAUAAAAAAGACACUGAUCCUUAUUAUGGAAUUUCCUACCGCAGCAAUCGAAGACAACGAGAUAGAGAAAUAAAGAUGAUAGCAGAAAAGAAAAGAAAAAAGAUAAAAGAACCCAAAAAAUCAGUGAUUGAUAAAUGUCGUAAAAAAUAUGCGAUUCCCAUUUUGGAGAAAUUUCUGCCAUUGUUUCAAAAACCGGAAUUGAUUGAAGAACUGAAGGAACAUGAUAAAAUAAAAUUGAUUCAAGAAAGGGAAGCCAAAGAGAGAAAAGCUGAUGGUACUCAAACAUCAGAUCAUUUAUUGAUAUCAUCCGAAAUGAAGGAUCAAGGAACUGGUAUCAAUACAACAAUGAGUAAACCUCUUGAAUUGGAAAGUUCUGGCAGGCUUCCUUAUCAAGAGACUCAGGCAUUCAAAGACGUGAUACACGAAUAUAAGAGAAAAAGAAUUUCUGAUAUCUUGCAUGAAGAUCCAGAAGAAAUGAAACCAUUAAUUACAACUGAUCGACAUAUUGAUGACUUAAGAGAAAUUAAGCAAUUAUUUCCAACUGAAGAUAAAAAUAAAUUAAUGCCCAAUACCAUAUCCAGAAUGAGCAAAAAGAUAUUAAACGUGUUUAAGUCAAAUAAAAGUAGACCAUGUAAGUGUCCUGAAGAGAUGAACUCAAGUCUCUAUCAAAAAAGUGAAGCAAAUCAAAGUGAAGGGACUGUUGACGAAUCCCUGACUGAGAUAUCAAUUUCCUGUCGAGAGGAACAAGAAGAUAUAACAACCGAUUUGAUAUCCUUCGAAGAUACAACAGACAACAACGAGACUAGUCAAUCAUAAGUCAGUCUUAUGAAAAUCAUUAUAAC